GUGCGGGGCGGCGGCCUCCGCUCGGUUCCCGCCGGGCGCCAUGCGGGUGCCGCUGUCCCUCCUGGCUGUGGCGGCGCUGCUGGCGCCCCGCCGGAGUGCGGCUUCCCAAGGGGAGCUGCCGCCCGCAGUGCCUUCACCAACGGGAGUUGUAGUAACAUCUGAAAAUUUCAAAACCGUUUUGCAUUGGCAGUACCCACCUAUUUCUGAAACUCCUCAUUUUAUUGUGGAAAUCAAGCCUUACAAUUUAGGUGAAUAUAAGGAGGUCUCAACCUGUGUGAACACUUCAGCUCAUUUUUGUGAUGUCUCAGAGGAAAUAUGUGAACCUUAUUCAUCUCAUUGGCUUAAAGUUAAAGCUGUUGUUGGGUCAGAACAGUCUGAAUAUGUUGAGACAAAUGAGUUUAUUUUGCAAAAGCAUGGAAAAAUAGGACCGCCAAAACUGAACAUCUCAAGACAUGGUGAUGAAAUCAUGGUUGAUAUUCACCAUCCUGUAUUCCCUCUUUCUUGUAUUGACAUUUAUUCGUCUCUUGGCUACUUGGUGACUAUUCGGAACAGUAAAAAUGAGACUGAAGAGUUCGAAGAGGACAACUGUACAAUUCAUAAGUGUAGCCUCAAAAUUCCAAUCCUUCCUGAGAGUUCCACUUACUGUGUUUCAGCAAAAGCAAAUUUUGAUCUUCUGGUAUUUGGCACUCCAUCAGAGGAAAUUUGCACUCCUGUUCCUCUCAGGCAGACACUGAGUACACAUGAUAUCAUCAUUCUGUGUGUUGUUAUUGGGAUCUUGACGGUAAUACCGACAGUAUAUUGUGGCUGCAAGAAACUAAGGAAAAACAACAUACAGCUGCCUAAGUCUUUGGUCAGUGUGAUGAGAAACCUGAACACGGGUGCCCUAACGGGACCAAGAUCAGAGGGGAAGUAUAUGUCUGUGAUGUCAGCCCACUCGGAGUUGCCAGUGAAUGGUGAAGUAACCUUGGUGGUGAUAGAGCCAAAAGAACAAACUGUUAGUCCUGUCAGUUCCUGUGAUGGAGAAUCUUCUGUCCCUUCCCCAGAGGCACCAGCCAAAGCAGAAGAGGUGCCUGUGCAGGAAAGCACAGAGGAGGUGUCUUGUGAUGCUGAUGAACAGAAUUGUGAAGGAAAAGAGAGUUACUUCAUUUCUAACAGUAGCCAAAUGGAUAUUUGCAGUAAGUCUUCAGGGUCAGAGAUUGCUAGCACAGAAACACAGCAAACAGUGGUUCCAAGCAGCUGCUUCAAGUUUUCUGGCUAUGACAAGCCUCAUGUUCCAUUGGAUAUGCUGAUGAUAGAUGUUGGUGAAGAGCAGCCUGUGAAUGCUUACAGGCCAACUGAGUAGCCAGGAUGAAGUGCUGAAGUGCUUUACCACAGCUCAGGAAGAACAGCAUUACUAAAGCUUGUGGAAAGUCUGGGUUAAAUUGUGAGCAUCUACAAGUUGUACUUGUUCUGAUCAGUGCACAAUUGAAAAUAGUACCUGAAAAUGGCAUAAGAAGUGUGGGGAAAUUUCAUAAUAACCACUUUUUAAAAUGCUUUUAUAUAUGAUAUAACUCAUUAUUUCCUAUUUGGAAUAGAGCUGUGUUUUUUAACAAUACUCUAUAGAAAACAUACCAUCAACUAUAAAACAGCAUCUCUACCAUUAUUCACUUCUGCUUCAAAUCUUGUUCAAAGUUAGUUCAAUGAACAUAAUGCUUAGGAAAUACUUCACUUGAUUAUGAUAGACAUG